AGCUAACGUUAGCCAUUCGUAGCAAAGAUGGUGGACAGGGAAAGAGGUCCCUAUCACGACAAGUAAUUUAUGUGGCGAUAACGUUAGAUAGUCUGCAGAGCAGAUAUUCGUUUUCGUGUCCUGAAUAGACAGCAUUUAUUUUUGCCUGAAAUGGAUGAUGUGGAGAUUACAGAUGUCGAUGACGGUGACUUGCCUUAUCAGGUGGAAAAGGCGCCCCUCAAAAACCAGGAUCUAAGUAGCCUGAGCCUAACUGGAUGGUCUUACAAUGAGAAACACGAAGUGUUUGCUCCUGCCCCCACAGCAGGAGAGCUUCUGGCCCAGUAUGGGUGGUACCUGCUGUUUGGGACUGUGCUGGUCUGUCUACUCAUUCAGUACCUAAGCAAGAGGAGAUCCAGCCAGAGCCACCGCAGCUCACCGCCACCAACACCGGAAGAUGUUACACUCAUGGUGAGAAAACAAGAGGCCAUGGAAGCAGCUCGGAGAAGGAUGCAAGAGGAGCUUGAUGCAAAAGCAGCCAUCUUCAGAGAGAAACAGAAACAGCAAGAAGAAGAGAAGAGGAGGCAGAAAAUAGAGAUAUGGGAGAGUAUGCAACAGGGAAAGAGUUACAAAGGAGCUGCAAAACUUUCCCAAACAACCGAAGAGGCCAGCUCAUCAACGACAGUGCUGAAACCAAAGACGGACAAGAAGCCUCUUCGCAGUGCAGACUACAAUCCCCUGAGUGGACAGGGAGGAGGCUCCUGCUCCUGGAGACCUGGCAGGAGAGGGCCGUCAUCUGGUGGAUGAGGUUAAAGAAAGUCAGAGACGUUGGUCUGUAUGACCUUUGACCUCUGACAUUCUGAUGUGCACACUGACUGACUGAACCAAGCUGACAAUGUCAUCAAGGCCACACUUUAUUAACAGCUUGUUUUUUAGCUUGCACUAUACCUCUAAUGGAUUUCGAUCAAUUAGCAUCAUUAACAGCAUAUACCUGCUAUCCUGUUUGAUUUCCUCCACUAUUUACUCUAUAACCUCUCUGUUCUGUUGCCCUGUUAAGCAUAAAAGAUAAUGUGAUUAUCAGGAGUCAUUCUGUUAGGGGUAAAUAUAUUUUGGCAUUGAAAGCUUGUAAUGAAGCCAUUUCUGUAAAUGGUGCAUAACCAGUGGAUUUGGCUGAUGAAUUCACAGUCAGUGUGUUGUUUUUUUCCUGAUAUGUUCUUUUAUGCUCAUCAGUGUGUACCACCAUAGCUUUAGAGUUGACAUUACUUCAGCAGCUGCAGCUGGUGGACAUGUGCUUAAUUACUAGAAAUGGUAUAUUCUGAUUAUAUAGUUGCAAACAUUUUUGAUCUCUAAAAAUGUAAGGAGGGUAUGUCUAUACGUUACACACAUUUUUAUGCAAUAAAGACAUGAUCACAGGGA